AUGCCGCAUCGUCCUUUCCUCAAUAAAAACCAAGUCGCCAAAGUAGAUCAGCUUGAACAGGCCUAUACAUCCCAAGAUGCUUCAAACAACUUCGCAUGCAGUGGAAUCUUCCCUCCACACGCGAAGACACGAGGUGCGAUCAAAUCUGUAACCUUCCCUCUCACACAAGAAACAGCCAAAGAUAUCUAUAAUACUGGCGAGCCUUCCCCUUUCGGUAGGGGUAAUGAGCUCGUUUACGACCAAACAUACAGGCAAGCUCGUGAGCUCAAGCCACCCCACUUCGCACUUACGAACGACCUUCUCUCGGUAUGCGGUCUUCUUACACUUCUCGCUAGGAAGUUAGACUAUGAGAUUCCACUAGAAGCCAAAAUCAACAAGCUAAAUGCUUAUUGUGAAGGAGGCUUUUUCAAAGCUCAUAAGGAUACACCACAGAGUCAAGAUUACAUCGGCACACUCAUGAUUUGCCUUCCCAGUCCAUUCACGGGAGGUGCACUUGUCGUCCGCCAGAAUGGCUCCACUAUCACCUUUGAUUGGGGAAAACAAAUUGAAGACGUAUCGUUCGCUUGGGGUUUCUUGUACUCUGACUGUGAGCAUGAGGUCCUCCCAGUAACCUCUGGAACACGGAUUACCAUCGCCUACGACAUCUUCCUGGGCAAGAACGCAACCGAAUUCAAGCAGUCUACUUUUGAUACUCGACUUGUACCUAUUGUUAAAGCUUUCAAGGAGAUACUCAAACCCGAAUUCUUACCUGAGGGGGGCGCACUGGCAUUUGGGCUGAAGCAUGGAUAUCCCAUGUUGGAGAAUGAACCCGACACAAAUCUGUCCAGAAAACUCAAAUCUUCAGAUGCGAUGCUUUUGGCAGCUAUCAAAAAGCUCAAUCUCAGGUGGGACUAUUUCGGCGUUUACGACUACGACAACUCGGACUACUAUGGAGGAGGUUCGUUCGAAGACGAUAAGGGUGAUCAGGAUGAUCCGGAAGCCCGUAAAAUCGAUACUACUUUCAGAAAGGACAUCUGGAUAGCAGAUGUUUUCUUUGCCUUGGAAGGUGAAUAUUUCGGUGAUGGCUCGGACGGGCCAAUGUUAGAGAGAGAUUUGGAUUUGAUUUGGGUCAUCCUUCCCAGAUCAUAUGCUAUCAAUAAAUUCCUAUAUAUCGUACGGCAACGAGCCUUGCGAGACACAAUCUCGAAAAGGUAA